UUAUUACUGCAAUCUGGCCCCAUUAAUGCAGCCUUUAUAACAAAAUUGCUUUGAGUGAAGUGAAUAUAAAACUUGGAGAUAAUAAGCCGGAAAAAUUGUAGUACACCGUCAAGUUUCCCAACGACAAAAAUAGGGCAACCCUAAACAAAUAUUCUAUAUAUUUCUUAUCACUUGAUUGCAACCAAGCCAACGUUUCAAAGGCUUCGCUAUGGCGUCACAUCAGUACCAUCAAAUUGCGAAUCUGCUGGAAAAAAUGACGUCGACGGACAAGGAUUUCCGUUUCAUGGCGACAAACGACCUGAUGACGGAGCUACAGAAGGAUAGCAUUAUUCUGGACGACGAGUCGGAGAAGAAAGUGGUGCGAAUGGUGCUCAAACUGCUGGAGGACAAGAACGGCGAGGUGCAGAACUUGGCGGUAAAGUGCCUGGGCCCGCUGGUCAACAAGGUGAAGGAGAUCCAGGUGGAGACCAUUGUGGAUUCGCUGUGCGCCAACAUGAUGUCGAACACGGAGCAGCUGCGCGACAUAUCGAGCAUCGGCUUGAAGACAGUAAUUGCCGAGCUGCCGCAGUCCUCCAACUCCCUGGCCCCAAAUGUCUGCCAACGGAUCACCGGCAAGCUGAGCACGGCCAUUGAAAAGGAGGAUGUCUCUGUGAAACUGGAGUCGCUGGACAUACUGGCCGACUUGCUCUCUCGCUUCGGCGAAUUCCUGGUCCCCUUCCACAGCACCAUCCUGAAGGCCCUGAUGCCCCAGCUGGCCUCUUCGCGCCAGGCCGUUCGCAAGCGCACCAUCGUAGCCCUCUCCUUUCUGCUGAUACAGGCCAACAGCAACGCCUACAACGGCGUCAUUGACCACCUGCUCGAUGGUCUCGAGAACCCACCCAACCCUGCUGCCAUUCGAACGUACAUUCAGUGCCUGGCUUCGAUUUGUCGACAGGCUGGCCAUCGGCUGUGUAAUCACAUUGACCGCUCUAUGCUGCUGCUGAGCCAAUACAGCCAGCGGGAUGACGACGAGUUGCGCGAGUUUUGCCUGCAGGCGUGCGAAGCAUUCGUUAUGCGUUGCCCAGAUGCCAUAAAUCCGCACAUUCCAAUGAUUUUGGAGCUGUGCCUCAAAUAUAUCACCUACGAUCCAAACUACAACUACGAGACUGAUGAUGGCGAUACUGGCAACGCCAUGGACACGGAGGACGAUGAGUAUGUGGACAGCGAGGAGUACAGCGACGACGACGACAUGAGCUGGAAGGUUCGUCGUGCUGCAGCCAAGUGCUUGGAGGUUUUGAUUUCCACACGCCAGGAGCUCAUCGAGGACUUCUAUCGCAGCUUGAGUCCGGCCUUGAUUGCGCGCUUCAAGGAGCGCGAGGAGAACGUUAAGUCCGACAUAUUCCACGCGUAUGUGGCCCUGCUGAAGAACACUCGCCUGAGCGACGACGUGGCCAACGAUCCCGACUCCAUGGAUCAGGUGUCGGGGCCGACGUCGCUGCUAAUUGAGCAGCUACCACUUAUCGUGAAAGCCAUACAGCCGCUGAUGCGGGAAAAAUCGAUGAAGACGCGCCAAGACUGCUUCCUCUUGCUGCGUGAGCUGUUGAACUCGCUGCCAGGCGCCCUGGGUCCCUACCUGGAGAGCAUUGUGCCCGGCAUAAGCUAUUCGCUGAAUGACAAGAGUUCGACCAGCAACAUGAAGAUCGAAUCGCUGGGAUUCCUGUACUCCCUGCUCCAAGGACAUCCGCCGCACGCCUUUCACCCACACAUACCCUCGCUGGUGCCCCUGGUGGUGACUUCGGUGUUCGAUCCGUUCUAUAAGAUCGCCACCGAGGCACUCUUGGUGUUGCAACAGUUGGUGAAGGUGAUUCGACCAUUGGAGGCGAACGCUGCCAAGUCGGACUUUGAUGCACCCUCCUUCGUGGGACCGGUUUACUCGUGCACCCUGCAGAAACUGAAGGUCACGGAUGUCGACCAGGAGGUGAAGGAGCGAGCCAUCGCCUGCAUGGGCCAGAUAAUCGCUAACAUGGGCGACAUGCUGCAGAACGAACUGGCGGUUUGCCUGCCCAUAUUCAUGGAGCGCUUGAAGAACGAAGUGACCAGGCUGAGCAGCGUAAAGGCCCUGACCCUCAUCGCAGCAUCUUCCCUGCGCAUAGAUCUGACUCCAAUCCUGCACGACGUGCUGCCCGCACUGGGCACGUUCCUGCGAAAGAACCACCGCGCCCUGAAGCUGCACUCUCUGGAUCUCAUCAACAAGAUCGUCAUCAACUAUUCGAGCAACUUUGAGGCGAAUCUUCUGCAGACGGCCAUCGUUGAGAUUCCGCCGCUUAUAUCGGAUUCCGACUUGCACGUGGCGCAGUACUCACUGACGCUAUUGAGCACUGUGGCUCGCAGGCAGCCCCAAGCAUUGGUCGGCAUACAUGAGCAGUUCCUGCGAUCAGUGCUCAUUUUGGUUCGAUCUCCUUUGCUGCAGGGUUCUGCAUUGAAUUGCACCUUGGAGCUUUUCCAGGCCUUGGUGCAAACACAGCUGUCCGGUUUGGACUACCAUUCGCUGGUGUCGAAGCUAAUGGCACCUGUUUUGGCCGGCAACGGUGACGCCAACUCUAGAGCCACAGCCACAGGGGCUUCCAGUGAGGUGGUGCAGCUGCACAAGCAGGCAUAUCACUCGUCGGCCAAGUGCAUCGCGGCCCUGACCCAACAGUGUCCCCAGGUGGCUACCCCGUUGGCCACAAAGCUGAUCACGGAUCUGCAGAAGCGCAACGAUACGGAAAUUAUCUUCUGUUUGCUCACGAUCGGAGAGAUUGGCAGGCACUUUGACCUGAGCUCGAUACAGGUGCUGCCGCAGACCAUUAUCGAAUGUUUUGGGGCCACCUCGGAAGAUGUAAAGGCGGCCGCAUCCCAUGCCCUCGGUGCGGUGUGCGUGGGCAGUCUGCAAACAUACCUGCCUCUGAUUCUCAACGAGAUCGAGGUGCAGCCCAAGAGGCAGUACUUGCUGCUCCAUUCGCUGAAGGAGGUCAUAUCGUCGCUGUCGGUGUCGCCCAGCGGUCUGGCUCAGCUUCUGCCCUCGGUGCCAUCCAUUUGGAGCCAGCUUUUCAAGCACUGCGAGUGCUCGGAGGAGGGAUCGCGCAACGUGGUGGCCGAGUGCCUCGGCAAACUGGUGCUGGUCAAUCCCGACGAGCUGCUGCCACAGCUGCAGCAAGCCUUGCGCUCCGAGAGCGCCACCAUGCGCACCGUGGUGGUCUCCUCCGUGAAGUUCACCAUCUCCGACCAGCCGCAGCCCAUAGAUGUGCUGCUUAAGCAGAACAUUGGCGAGUUCCUCUUCGCCCUGCGUGAUCCGGAGCCACAGGUGCGGCGCGUCGCCCUCGUGGCCUUCAACUCGGCGGUGCACAACAAGCCCAGCUUGGUGCGCGACCUGCUGCCCACCCUCUUGCCUUGGCUGUACUCGGAGACGAAGGUGAAGAGCGAGCUCAUCAGGGAGGUGGAGAUGGGCCCCUUCAAGCACACCGUGGACGACGGUCUCGACAUCCGCAAGGCGGCAUUUGAGUGCAUGUACACACUUCUCGAGCAGGGCUUGGAUCGUGUGGAUGUCAUGCAGUUCUUGGACCAUGUGCAGGCUGGUCUCUGCGACCACUACGACAUCAAGAUGCUGACGUACCUGAUGACGGCACGUCUGGCUAUUUUGUGUCCGGAUAAGGUCCUCCUAAGACUCGAUCAAUUUAUACAGCAACUACGUGAUACGUGCACCCACAAGGUGAAGGCAAACUCUGUGAAACAGGAGUACGAAAAGCAAGACGAACUGAAGCGUUCUGCCCUUCGUGCAGUGUCGGCCCUUUCGCAAAUACCCAAAGCAAACAAAAAUCAGCAAUUAGUGGAUUUCCUCAAGUCGAUCAAGGAGACUCCAGAGUUGAGCAAGAUCUACGAUUACAUACAGAAGGAUUCCAUCACCGGUAGCGCAGAUAUUAUUGUAAUGGAUCAAAGCUAAAAGGGAAACUUGGUUUUCUAAUUCCUUUACUUAAAUAAGAAUAUGCGUGUGCGCACAAACAAGUAUCUCUUUUCUGAUAUAGCUUUUAGAUUUUCUAAUAAGAAAUAAAUGCAGAUCGACUUGAA